AUGUCACAAACUUCCUGCAACAAUGCCGGCCUUCUGCGCGCCUAUAUCAAAGAACAAGGGGAGGAGACGUUCCGAAACAACCCCUGGGCACUUACAGCCGCAAUCGAAGACUUCGCAUCAACAGGCAAACACCUAAUGAUCUUCAAAGAACCAAAACUCAAAGUCGCCCGCGAAGCCCUAGAAUCCCUGCCCACAAAACCAAAACUCAUCAUCGAAUUUGGGACCUACGUCGGCAACUCCGCCAUCGCCUGGGGCGCAAUCCUGCAGGAUAUCCACGGAUCCAACGCUGCUGAAAAAGGAUGUCGUGUAUACACUUUUGAGCUGGACCCGACUAUGGUCCGGUUGUCGAAAGAUCUCGUUCAGCUUGCGGGAUUAGAUGAUAUCGUGCACGUUUUAGAGGGCCCUGCGUCCGAGUCUUUGAGAAAGUUGUAUUAUGAGGGGAAGGUUACAGCCAGUGGUGUUGAUAUGGCAUUUAUCGAUCACUGGGAGAAGUAUUAUUUGCCUGAUUUGCAGCUUUGUGAGGAGUUGGGUGUUUUCCACAAGGGGUCGUUGAUUAUUGCGGAUAAUACGGAUUUCCCUGGUGCGCCGGAAUAUUUGGAGUAUGUUAGGUCUGGGGGAUUGGGGGCUGUUCGGUAUGAGAGUGAAGGACAUAAGAGCGAGACAAAGAGAGGACCGAGCGUCGUCGAAAUUAGCACUGUUGUGGAAGUCUAAUUACUGCAUACGAGGUACUCUGUGCUAUAUUCUUAUAUUCUUUCUAAACGAGCAGUCGCAGGGAGCGUGUAAAGUCAAUGUAUGCCAAAUUAGGAAAGAGCAGAACACAACCAGAGUACAGCCAGCAAAGAGAAUGGGUCCAAUAACUCGAAAUGUAAAUUGUUC